AUGUCUCUCAGAGAUCUAUCUGCCUACCAUGAUUUGAGUGCUGAACUAUUAUCCGGGUUCCUUGCAGAAAAAAUCAAUGAUAUGAUUGUUCAUGUUAAAUGGUCUUGCCUUUCUUCUUCUUAUUUCACUGUACAUCCUGAUCUAACACUAUCUGGAUAUAAUAUGUGCUUGUUGCUUGACUGGCACUUUACUUUUCUAUGCGGAAGGUACAUUACAGAAGAUGAUAGGAUACUUUCAAUUCUGCAUUAG